CUUGAAUCGUUCAUCGACCAUCGUUCAAAAAUUAUUUUUUAUUUUUUUUUAUUUCUACCAAGCAUAACUAAAUAAUAUUAUAUUCUAUCUAGUAUUUAGGUGUCAUGUAUUCUGGUAUUCGUGCAACUACCAACUUCUAUAGUUAUUGUUGUUAUUCAUUUUAGAAAUGAAGAGGAUUAGCCUAAUCCGAUUAAGUAAAUAAGUACUAUGGUCUGUGAAGUGUGAAUUGCUAUCUAAGCCAUAAGGAAUAAUUAUUAAGGAUUAGGUAUAGGGCCAAAUAAGAAGAUUCACACAUUUUGAUGGUCGGUACUGAAGACUGAUAACGAUAUGGAAUUAUUGUGGAAUACUAUGCGAUAUGAUAUGAUAUCGUUCACAUGACAUCGCGACAUAAACAACGAAAAAACACUGAUUAGUGAUUACUGACAAAUCACUUUAGUUUAGACAGUACUUAGUAGCAAAUACUAUAUAACGAUAUCGUAUAAUAUAGUUAUAGUAUUUGCACAGAAUAGAUACGACGUACAUUCAUAAUAACGUUUUAUCUAUUCUGUGAUAAUCGUGAAUUUUAAAUUUUAAUAGUUAAAAACUUAAAAUAUAUCAAUUUUAAAGAUUUAAAAUGUUUGUAUAAUUUUAGAUCAAUAAUAAAUUUUCACCUUAAUAUGGAGUCUUCUUAUGAUAUUAAUGGAUCAAACAAGAAUAAUAAUAUUCGUGUAAAUACAUUUGUUCAUGAUCAUCCAAUAUUAAAAUCAUUUAUUGCCGGUUCUACAUCUGGAUUAUUCUCUACAGUUGUAUUUCAACCAUUUGAUGUUAUAAAAACAGUCUUACAAGACCCUAGAAAUGAUAAAAAAUUAGGAAUAAUUAAUGCCACAAAAUCAGUUUGGCAGCAACAAUCUUUUUAUGGAUUUUGGAGAGGACUGUCUCCAUCUCUUGUACGCAAUAUUCCAGGAAUUGCAAUUCAUAUAUCACUUACACAGUUAAUAUAUUCAUACUUAACACAAAACAAUCAAACUUCUAUGGUGAAGUCUGGGAUAGCUGGAUUUAGUGCACGAUGUAUUACUGUUUCUAUACUAAUGCCUUUCACUGUUUUAAAAACUAGAGUAGAAAGUGGUCAAUAUCAUUACACAACUUUAGCCCGUGGCAUAUCUGAUAUUCUUAGGUUGGAGUGUUGGAAAGUAUUAUAUCGCGGAUGGACACCAACAAUUUUACGAGAUGCUCCAUUUUCUGCAUUAUAUUUUAUGAUUUUUAUAAAAUUAAAAAAUAUAAAAUUAUUAGAAGAAUUAGAUAACAAACAACCAUUUUAUAUUUUUGGAUGUGGCCUUCUAGCUGGAGGAUUAGCAUCAUUUAUUACUCAACCAUUUGAUGUAAUAAAAACUAGUCAGCAACUAUCAAAAGAAAAACUUCCUUUGAUUGAUGCUAUUAUUAUAAUUAAACGAAAAUAUGGAAUAGCUGGUUAUUUUAAAGGGCUGUCUCUUCGAAUUUUAAGACGAUCCUUAAUGGCUGCAAUAACUUGGACUAUAUACGAACAAUUAUCUUAAAUGAUUAAUAAUCUAGAUUUAGAUAUUUAUAAUUUAAGUAAUAAUGUGUCUUUUAUGUUUAACAAAUGUUACAAUUCUUUAAAAUAGGUAGCUGUUAAAUUAUGAUGUAUGAACCUGAAUAAGAAAGUAACCAAAUAAGGAUUAGAAAUUUUAAUAAUAUUUUUAAUUAUUAAAUACUAAUUAGACUGAAAUAUUUUAGCAGUAUAUCAAACAUGUUUAGGGUUACACAUUAGGGUAACAUUUUUAUUGAAGUUCUCUAGUCAUCCUAACAGUAAAUUUUUUUUAAUUGUAUGCAUUAAUUUUGUUAGUACAUAUUUUAUAUAGCUGUAGUUAUGAGGUUUUAGUUUUGUAAAUCAUUUGUGAACAUAAAAGUGUUAAAUUAUAAUUCAAUAUCAAUAUAUUUUGAUCAAUUUUGCUAAAGAUUGGUUAAAUACUUAAAAAAUGA